CUGUGACAAGUGAUCUGUAUUGAUGCAUAUCAUUCGAACUGGCUUAUAUAUACCUGCUUGUUGUACGAAGGCUUCCGAUCGAGAUCAUAGUCUUGCGCCUCGAGCUGAAGAGAAUUAUUUCACAAACGCCAAAUUCAUAUCAAGAACUUUCCAUCCAAGUGACGAAAUAAAGCUCAACAAGCGCAGUUGAGUCUAGUUCACACAGGCCAUUAGAGCGGCUAAUGUCAAUUGAAAAUCCAACAUAGACAUAACAAACUAGACAGCAGCGGAGACAACCUUCACAAUUCGACAUUGACGGAUGACGCCAUGGCUUCAGAAGAUCUACCAGCUCAAGUCCAUGCUCUACAGAUAGACGAUGAUGAUAAUCAAGAAGAAUGGCUUCGCAAUGAAGGCGUUCCCUCCUACGAUCAACCCUUCAUUCAAAAGUAUCUUGACGGUCGUGAUGCUUUAGUGGCGCAAGAAAAACGACAAAGAAGCGACCAUGCAUUCCGCGAGACCCUAUCGCCAAUGGCCGCUGAAGCAGCAGCGAUCAUUUCCGCCAUCCGGUUCGAGGAACAACAGACGCUGUGGAAUCCCGCAGCCGAGGACGAGCUGGCCAGAUCAGGCAAUACUGGAAUCUAUCCCGGCAUGAUGUUUACUCUCGCCAAAGGACGUAUGGAGCAGAGCAAACUUUGGCAGAUCGUCAGGAAAAUGCCCAAGGGUGCACUGUUACAUUGUCAUUUGUCAGCAAUGGUCGAUCAUCGUUGGCUCAUGGAACAGGCUCUGAAGACAGAGGGAGUGUGUAUCCGAGCCGAGAAAGCACUGCACACAACCGAAUCUCGACAGACAGAAGUCUUUCGGUUUGCGUUUGCCAAACCACAAUCAUAUUCCUCCGGACCAUCGAUAUGGUCGUCAGACUACGAGAGCGAUAGACUUAUCCCUAUCGUGCAAGCGGCAGAUGCAUUUCCUGACGGCGGCAGAGACGCAUUCAUCACCUGGUUUAUCUCGAGAGUCUCGAUAUCUCCCGAAGAAGCGGUAUCACACCAUCUCGGACCGAACGCAAUAUGGGAGAAAUUUGUCUCAUGCUUUGGGAUUUUAGAUUCAUUGCAAAAGUACGAACCGAUUUUCCGUGCUUUCCUGCGGAAGAUGUUCGAGCAAUUGCACGAAGACGGCGUCAGAUGGGUAGACAUUCGAACCACCUUCGUGGACACAUUCUAUAAAACCGGCUGUGAGGAGGCUGACGUCGAUCACGAGAACAUGCUAGCUUGUCUGGAGGACGAGAUCGAAUCGUUCAAGUCAUCGGAGGCGGGCAAGGGAUUUUGGGGUGCUCGCAUGAUCUGGACCGGUCUCCGAGCCUCAGAUCCGCGGAGAAUAGUUGAGGACAUGAAGAACUGUAUAGAGAUGAAACUCCUCUUCCCAGAUCUCAUCGGCGGCUACGAUUUCGUCGGUCAAGAGGACAUGGGUCGACCUCUUUCCGACAUGGUGCCCGAGAUUUUCUGGUUUAAGAAGCGGUGCGCAGAAGCAGGAGUGGACAUUCCGUUCUUCUUCCACGCCGGUGAGACGCUUGGGGACGGAGACUCUGUCGACGAGAAUCUCUUCGACGCCAUACUGCUUGGUACUCGACGCAUCGGACACGGGUUCUCAUUGUACAAGCAUCCAAUGCUGUGCGAUAUGGUGAAAGAGAAGCGAAUCCUAAUUGAAAGCUGCCCAGUAAGCAAUGAAAUUCUACGGCUGACAGGUAGUAUCAUGUCACAUCCUCUGCCGGCCUUAUUGGCCCGCGGCGUCCCGUGCUCUUUAUCCAACGACGAUCCUUCGAUUCUUGGUCAAGGCGCCACCGGAAUGACACACGACUUCUGGCAGGCUCUGCAGGGAUUUGAGAAUCUUGGACUAGAAGGAUUGGCUAGCCUGGCCGAAAAUAGUGUGCGUUGGGCUAAUUUUGAAGACUGCUCUGCCAAGCAGUGGGCGACCGAGAUCAAGGAAGGCUCAUUUGGGAAGAGCAUACGAGCGCAACGGAUGAAGGAGUGGGCGCGUGAUUUUGAAAAGUUCUGUCAAUGGGUGGUAUUGGAGUACGGAGCCGACAUGGACCUGCUUGACUAGACGUACAUUAUCGAUAAGAAGGUAGACUCUCCAACAGCCAGGUAUGGUCGACUAGAUUAGCACGCCUUCCAUCGUUCUUCGAACGGUGACGGUUUGAGUUCAGCUGUUUGCUGCAUACGGCGAUGCAGCCCGCAAUCUUCCACCAAACACCCAAAGUAUGGUAGCUCCUGGGUAGCCGAUGAUCAAUACCAAUAAAGCUAGUGCACUAUUUCCCCAGCCCC